AUGUGGAUUGUCACCAAAAUCGCCGAUCUGGUGCAGCUCAAGCCCCAAGACUUCUACAAGACCAGUCUUGAAGCCAUCGAGGACAAGAUCAAUGAGAAAUAUGCCAACAAAGUCAUUCCAAACAUCGGCCUCUGCGUCUGCGUAUGGGACAUCACCGAUGCCUCAGAAGGUCUGAUAGGACAAUACGAUGGUUUUGUCAACAUAAAUGUUGAGUUCCACAUGGUAGUCUUCCGGCCACACAGGGGCGAAGUUAUCCAGGCACGUAUCAAGGAGCAAACUUCCCAAGGCAUGCGGCAACCUGCUCGAGUCGCCCUUGUCACUAACCGCCGCCAUAGUGUCGAGGCCGAAAAGGUCUGGCUUUGGAAGUCUGACGAGGAAACACAGCUGUACUAUGACACCCACGAAAUCGUGCGCUUCAUGGUUCUCGAGGAGAGGUGGUACACCCAGCCACCAACAAAACCAAAGGAGUCCACUGAUUCCGAUGCGCCAACAAAAACCACCUACCAGGCCCCAUAUUCCAUAAUUGGGACAAUGGCCGCCCCUGGUCUUGGCAUCACCUUGUGGUGGGAGUGA